AGCUUUGCUGAUGUGAAGACCACGACCAAGCUCGGCGGGACCGCGUCCCACAUCACCGUCGGAAAAGUCGCCCAUGGCUUGAUGACGAUGACAAUGACCACCACCGCAUCGCAUGCCCAUUCAGAUGAGGAGCUCUUCGAGGCUAUCAAGGCCGGGGUCGACGCGCUUCCGCCGGGCACCAAGAUGGUGUUGAACAGCGCGGAGUUCUACGGCCCGCACGCCAACCGCCUCGCCAACCUCGAGAUGCUCUCGCGGUUCUACGAGGCGAACCCGGGCUACGCCGACAAGACGUUCCUGAUGGUCAAGGGAGCAAUGCACUUCGAGCAGCGCAGAGCAGACAGCUCAAUCGAGCACCUCCGGAAGAGCGUGGACGCGUGCAUCGCCGCGCUGCGGGGCACCAAGAAGAUCGACGUCUUCCAGUCCGCGCGCGUCGACCGCUCGCGGCCCAUCGAAGAGUCGAUCCGCAACUUCGUCGUCCUCAAGGAGGAGGGCAAGUUCGAGCACAUCGGGCUGAGCGAGUGUAAGGCAGAGACUGUGCGGCGGGCUCAUGCGGUCCACCCGAUUGCUACGGUGGAGAUCGAGGUCAGCAUUUGGUCGUAUGAGGAAGAGACGAAGAAAGUGAUCGCGGCCACUCGCGAGCUCGGUAUCGCUGUCACAGGCUACUCCCCGCUCGGGCACGGGUUCCUGACCGGCCAGAUCAACAGCCUGGAAGACCUCCCAGCGGACGACUGGCGCCGGAUCCUCACGCGCUUCAAAGAGUUUGACCAGAAUAUGGCAAGCGCGAAGGCCAUCCGCGCCAUCGCAGAAAGGAAAGGCGUGACCCCCGCGCAGCUCGCGAUCGCGUGGGUCGGCCAGCUGGGCCCGCACGUCCUGGCCCUGCCGGGAAUGUCGUCGAAGAAACGCACGCUAGAGAACCUGGCUGGAGGGGACGUCGUCCUGACGGAAGCCGAGUUGGCUGAGGUCGCGGAGGUGAUGGAGAAAUACCCUGUCCAGGGCGAUCGUUACUUCGGGGACGACGAGGCCAUGGGGCUAUGGGGCUGAAGCGGACGUGGGUCCGUCGGUGAUCUCCUGAAUGCAAAGUGGUCGGGCUUGUAAGAUGUAUCAUUACCUGUGCGCCGCGUGUCCAAUUCAGUGCAAACUCUGAGUGGGAUGGACGUGAGCGCACGUACGAGAAUCGAUGUCUGCUGAACAUUGCGCUCGCCUCCAUUUAGCAACUGGUGGUGGCCC